UGGAACAUGAUUUGCAACCCUUAUUCAAAGUGAAAGUCGCAGGAGUCCUAUUCUGUAAGCAUUUCUAUGUUGACAAGCGAAAGCUUUGGACGCGUCCUCCGCUUGGUCGUUUAACCCAAACGUGUGUGUGCGUAUGUUUGUGCGUGCGUGCAUGUGUCUCCCAACACAAAUGUUGUAAAUAACAAAAUAAUAAUAACAAACAAUACAAAAGCCCAAUUGGCUAAUUUUAAACUAAGUACUUUUGACAAAGCACAAGGAAAUACAAGGGUGUCAAAUUAAUCAGCCGGGCCGCAGACAUGGCCGCCGAAAACUAUCAUCUUAAGUGGGAUUCACACUUAUCCUAUUUGAAUACUUCCAUAGCUACGCUUUACAAAAAUGAAAAAUUCGCAGAUGUUAUGUUGUAUAGUUCGUAUAACAGCAGUAACAUCAACUCGGACAUGCCGACGGUGGGUAUAUCGGCGCACAAAUUCAUACUCAGCUCCUGCAGUCAGUUUUUUGCGACCAUGUUCGAGACGGCGCCCAUUACUGCACCCAAUGGCGUGCUUUAUAUUGUGCUUCCUCCGGAUCUGAGCCAUCGUGCCAUACAGAUUCUGGUGCAGUAUAUGUAUAGUGGUGAAGCCACCGUGUCAAAUGAUAUACUCAACGAAGUGCUGCGUGGCGGCGAAAUACUAAAAAUACGCGGUUUAUGCCGCACCAGCAGCAACUCCUCCGGCAACACAAGCAGCAAUAAUAAUAAUGCCGCACAUCAUCUGCACCACCAUCAUCAUCAGCGGGAACCGAGCGCUAUGUAUAUGUCUAAUGGCACGCGUACAUCACUGGCGCCGCCGCCACUGCCCGUUGAUAUGUAUACAAGCAAGGGAAACAACAGCAGCAGCAGCAAUAGCUCCACGCGCUAUGCCCUAGAUCAUCAUCACGCCCAUCAGCAUCCCUCACAAUUUCGCGGUCUGGGCGCUUCCGUUAUGCCAAAGGACAGCCCAGUUAUAGUAAAGUCUCCAAAAAUAGCCACUCAUGCAGGUCUGCUGAGUGUGGCCAGCAGCAGCAGCAAACUUCACGCUGGCGGCAUCUCUGUCAACAAGGAGGUGGCCAUUGAUCCGGAGGAGAAGUGCUGUUAUGCAUCGUCCAGCCAACACGAUAGUCUAACACAGCCGACAGCAACUGCCCCAGCACUAACAGCUCCCAUGUCAAUCUGCACAGAAGUCGGCUGCAACAGCUGUCCGUUGGCUGCGCCAUCCAAUACUGAGGCUGUGGAGACAACUUUACGAAGGCCAGAUUAUGAGCGUGAACGAGACAGGGAGCGAGAACGAGAACGAGAUCGUGAGCGUUUAGUAGAAGAUCCGCAUUGUGAGCGCGAACGUGAAGAAGUGGGGCUGGUUUUUGAACGACGAAUACGACGUGAAAGCGUCUGUGAGCGUGCUAUUGCGCAUGAUUCGCACUACUUUCCACACGAAGGACCGCACUAUGAGCACGCAGUCAAGUCCUAUGAAGUGCAACCCCGCCUGGCUACACCGCCACAUCCGCACAGUUUUCUGAGCAUCAAGCAGGAGCCCACUGAUUGGUCUAAUAACGCCAAUGCACCUUUAAACAGUGACAAUAGCCAAGAGGUGGCGUUGUCGCCCAAGCAGCCGUUAGACUUUGCCGUUAAGGUAGAGGCGAGUUCCAUACCACAGGAUGAAGUUGAGGAGCCGCACACGUUGCGUGAUUACAACAACUUUAAACUGCUCGUCUGUGAGAUCUGCCAGAAAUCGUUCGAGGACACCAAGACUCUAGUGCGUCAUCUGGGCACUCAUGCCUCUGAGCCGGCAGGCAUCUCUGGAGGCGGAGGUAGCAGCAGCAGCAGUGGUGGCUCAGCUAACAGCAAUAAUAAUAGCAGCAGCUUAGCUUUGCGUGCCUUGAAGACGUACGUGCCAAAGAAGCGGCGCAGAGUGUCGGUGAGUGGCGUUGGAUGCUGCGUAUUGGAAAACAACUUUUCUCAUCUCAACCCUCCUACUUCUUGCUCCCAUUCGUAUUCACAGCAACAAGAGAACAACAUGGAUCAUGUGACGCUGCUUUGCGAUCUCUGCUCGACCUCCUUUGAGACACCGGCAGAGUGGGUGCGACACAUGAAUAGCCAACACACAGAGAUAGAGCUGGCCAUGUUUAAUAGCAAAAAGGAUGGCGAACAAAAAGGCUGUGUGUCUUAAAGCCCUUGGCGUCAUACCCACCACCCUCAGAACCAACAGCUUCCAACUAGCACCACCAUCAUCACCACCAAACGUCAGGGCGUGAAAGAAGCAAUAACAAAUUUAAGAAAAAAGUUAAAUAACCAAACUAUGAAAUCAAGUCAUUCCAGUAAUCAAAAGCUAAUGUUAUAUAUAAAAAUUCUACAACAGCAAGAACCGUGAUCAAAAAUGCAGCAGCAGGAAAAAACAAAUCAGAAUAUUUUAUAGAGCUAUAAAAAACGUAUUAUUAACAAAAAGAUACACCAACUAAAGCGAAACUUUAAACGAAGCAAACAAACGGAAUCGUCAGGCAACGAUGCAAAACAAAAUGUUAUUAUAAACCACUUUAAGCAAACAGCAAAUUGAUAUAAAUUUAAAUCUGUAGUAUUUUUAAAUCUAUGUAUGUAUGUAGUUUUUAAACAUUAUGCCCCACAAUUGCACCAUUUAAGCAAAUAAGCAAUGUUCUUCACAAGGAAUUUGUUUAAUUUUAUACCUAACAUUGAU